AUGCAACUGCACCUUGACAACCAACAGCUGAGGAGUCAACGGUGUAUCAUGUUACCAGUGGUGCUCCUGCUCAUCGUAGCAACUCUACACGCUACCGAUGCUGGGGGAUUCGGCGGUGGAGGAGGAUUCGGCGGUGGACACGGCGGUGGACACGGCGGUGGUCGUGGAGGCCAUCAGGCAGGCGGCGGCGGCGGCGGCACGGCUUUCAAGACAGGCUCUGUGUAUUUAGUAAAGGCACUUCACCCCGUAUCGGUGCCCAUGAAACCACCAAAAAUGAAGUGGCACGGCGGUGGCCAUGGUGGAGGACAUGGUGGCGGACGUGGCGGAGGAUUUGGCGGAGGAUUUGGCGGCGGUGGCGGCUUCGACGAUGGAAUUGUCAUUUUGCAGGCUGAGGCUCCGGCUGACCCGGGUAUUGUCGUUAAAAGCAGUGGCGCAGUUGGCGGCGGGAGCAUAAUCGUGCAAGGCCACGGAAAACGAGGAGGCGGUGGAUUUGGAAAGAUGGCUUUCGGAGGAGGAGGAGGAGGGGGCUGGUGGGGAUAA